GUUAUUAUCUUGAAAGUUACACCACAAGUCACAACAACAAAAUACUUAUAUAUUUAAUUUCUAUAUUCUAAGACGCAGUACACAUUUACUUUGUUAAAUAGAUUGUUUUGAUUGCUACCUAUAGUUCGUUAUUUUUUCUUAUUCAUCAAUGCUUUAAAAUCACUACAGCUAAGUCUAAGGAAUCAAGAUGAAAUUUCUAUUUCUAGGAUUUUGUCUUUUCAUUGUUUUACUUGGAGAAAAUGUUUUCGCCCAAAAUCACAAGAUUGAGAAUAAUAAAUUUAUAGAACAACUAUCAGAUAUUGCAAUGCAAUCAAUGGAAGGAUUUUCAGAUUAUGGGCAUAAAUUAAUUGAAGUUGAAGAAAUUGGCAAUAUAUCACAUACUUCAAAUCAAAACAAAAUAGAAAUAACAGCAUGUCGUUUUAAUGAUUUAAAUCAGAAAAAAGAAAUAGAAAAUCAUCCUGAAAAAAAAAUAUCAAGAAAUGAUUUUUUUGUUUGUGAUGUAUGUCAAAUUACACUUAAUAAGACAGAAAACAAUACAUAUAAAGCUGUAGAAAUGUCAUGUGUUUUACACGAUUCUCGUGCUUAUUUUCCUGCUCCAGAGCCAUCGCCUGUGGGAGGUUACAAUGAAAUCAAUGCUGAUACUGAGAACAUCAAACAAUUGGCUCUAUUUUCCUUAGAUUCUAUUACACAACAAACAAUGUCUAAAAGAUCUUUGGGGUUAAUCAGAGUUGUAUCUGCAAAAAGUCAGGUUGUAGCUGGAAUAAAUUAUAAAAUAAAACUAUUGGUGUGUGAAAAAGAUUCAAAAAAAGACAAGGAUAUUGUUAUGGAUCACAAAAAUUGUCGUUCGUGUGAUGUAACCAUAUGGGAACAAUCAUGGUUGGACAAUAAAAAUGUUACUAAAGUAGCUUGUUCUAAACCUUCUGAACUUAAUUCAUUUUCAAAUGUAGCUGUGACUAAAAGAGACAUACAUGAAAAUGUAAAUCUUGGAGCAAAAAUACAUCUAAGUACUGAUGAUAAGAAAGUUAAAGAUAUAGUGGAUUACGCUUUACUAUCUAUUGAUAAACAAGAAGGAUCUAACAAACCACACAUAUUAUCAAAAAUUAUAAAUGUAUCCAAACAAAUUGUGUCUGGAGUUAUCUAUAAUAUUGAAUUGGAAAUAUGUGAGAAUUCUACAGGCGAAGUUGAUAAAAAGAAAUGUAGAAUUUGUAAUAUAAAAGUUUGGGAACAAGCAUGGGAGAACAACAAAAAUACUUUAAAAUUCAAUUGUUAUACACCAAAUAAAACCAACAUAGAUACAUCAAGUUCUAAAACAUUAAUUGCAAAGAAAAAUGAUGAUCGAUUACGAUUAAAGACAGAUUUUGAAAAUUUUAUUACGACACAUAAUAAAAUGUAUUCUAGUCUUGAAGAAAAGAAUAGAAGAUUCCGAAUAUUUGCUGCUAAUAUGAAGAAAGUACAAUUAUUACAAAAACACGAACAAGGAAGUGCUAUUUAUGGAGCUACGCAAUUUGCAGAUCUUACAAAAACUGAAUUUAAAAAAAAGUAUUUGGGUCUGGAUUUAUCAUUGUCAAAUAAAAACACAUUACCCAUGGCAGUCAUUCCACAAAGUAUUUCUAUUCCUAAUGAAUUUGAUUGGAGAGACCACAACGCAGUAACACCAGUAAAAAAUCAGGGAGCUUGUGGAUCUUGUUGGGCAUUUUCGGCCAUAGCCAAUAUUGAAGGACAAUAUGCCUUAAAAUCUAAAACACUUCUAUCACUCUCAGAACAAGAACUGGUUGACUGUGAUAAUUUGGAUAAUGGAUGUGGUGGUGGCUUAAUGACUCAAGCAUUUGAAGCCAUAGAAAAUUUAGGAGGCCUAGAGACAGAGUCUGAUUAUCCUUAUGAAGGUCAUGCAGAUCGUAAAGGUUGCCAGUUAAAAAAAGGUGAAGUGAAGGUAUCAAUAUCCAAAGCUGUGAAUGUAUCUACUGAUGAAGAAGAUAUUGCCAAAUUUUUAGUUAAACAUGGUCCCCUAUCUGUCGGAGUCAAUGCUAAUGCUAUGCAGUUUUAUAUGGGUGGUGUAUCACAUCCAAUCCAUGCAUUAUGUAGCUCCAAAUCAUUGGAUCAUGGUGUAGCCAUUGUUGGAUAUGGAGUCCACAGAACUAAAUAUACCCAUAAAAAUUUACCAUAUUGGUUAAUAAAAAAUAGUUGGGGACCUGGAUGGGGAGAAAAAGGUUACUACUUGCUCUACAGAGGUGAUGGAUCUUGUGGUGUCAAUCAAAUGGUUUCUUCAGCAAUUAUUGAAUAAUUUUUUGUUAAAUUUUAAAUAAACAAUUAAAUUAUUUUUUAAGGUAUUAAAGAUUCUCAAUAUUACAUAUUUAAUAAUAAACAUUGUAUUAAUGUUUCAAUUAUUUGAGCUAUAGAAUUUUACUAUAUUAAUUUGAACUUAUGAAUAGAUCUUUAGUAAGUGUAUCUAACACUUAUAUUAUUAUUAAUCAUAAAAUAUAGAUAUUAGAUAUAUCUUAAUCUACUUAAUUUUUUUUUUAUAUCUAAUAUUACUAAGUUUUUUUUAUUAUUAUUCUUUUUAUUUAAAACUAAUAAAGUAAUAAACAAUCAGA